AUGUCUACCGACCCCAGCAAACCCAACAUCGUGCUCAUCUUGGCUGACAACCUCGGCUGGGGCGAGCUGGGAUGCUACGGGGGAGGCAGGUUGCGCGGAGCGCCGACGCCUCGCAUCGACGCAUUUGCAAAGCAAGGACUGCUUCUGCACAACUUCAACGUGGAGAGCGACUGCGUGCCAACCCGCUCCGCGCUUAUGAGCGGGCGCCACCCCAUACGGACAGGCUGCCUGCAGUCGGUCCCGGCAGGGCUGCCCCAGGGCCUCAGUCGAUCGGAGAAACUGCUCCCAGAGAUACUGCGGGAUGCCGGGUACACCAGCGCCCACCACGGCAAGUGGCAUCUCGGCGAUAUUCCUGGUCGCUUCCCCUCGGAUCGCGGCUUCGAUGAAUGGUACGGCAUCCCCAGGACGACGGAUGAGACCCAGUUCACAUCUGCGCCGGGCUUUGAUCCGGACGUGGCCGACAUACCGUACAUCAUGCGAGGCAAGGCCGGGUCCCCUUCGGAAGAUGUGUGCGUCUAUGACUUGGCGCAACGGCGGCAGAUCGAUGCCACACUGGUCGACAAGUCCAGAGACUGGCUUGACAGAGUCGGUGCAGCAGGCAACCCCUUUUUCCUCUAUCACCCCUUGGUCCACCUGCACUUCCCCACGCUGCCACACCCCGAUUUCGACGGCUGCACCGGCCACGGUGAGUUUGCGGAUUCCAUGGUCGAAAUGGACCACCGCGUCGGCCAAAUUCUUGACCAUCUCGACAGCCUCGACCCCGCCAUCGUCAAGAACACGGUCGUCGUCUUCGCCUCCGACAACGGUCCCGAGUUCCGACCUCCCUAUCGCGGCACCGCCGGUCCCUGGACCGGCACCUACCACACCGCCAUGGAAGGCAGCCUCCGCGUCCCCUGCAUCGUCCGCUGGGCCGGCCGCAUCCCCGAAGCCACGACCUCCAACGCCAUCGUGCACGUAACCGACCUUUUCAGCACCAUCCUCGACAUGGCGGGCUGCGCGUCGAAUCUCCCCACGGACCGCGCCAUCGACGGCAUCUCCCAGCUGCCGUUCCUACUCGACCCGGCCCACACGAAGCCGCUGCGCCAGGGCUUCCUGUUCUACAUCAAGCAAGAGCUGCGCGCCAUCAAGUGGCGCGACUGGAAACUCCACUUCGUCUACGAGCCCAAGGUCAACCAGAGCAGCGGCCGGCUCGAAAGCCCUUACCUGUUCAACACGACCCGUGACCCCAAGGAGGAGUCGGAUGUGCUGCCCUACAACACCUGGGUGUUGCAGCCCAUGCUGAAAAUGAGGGCCGCCUUUGAAGCGAGUAUGAAAAGCGACCCCGAUCUUCGAGAAGAGGUUGCACCUGGAGGAAAUGGCGUACCCAGGCCCGCACUAUAA